CCCAGGACCCUGCAUCCACUAUAUCUGGUCUCCCAGGACCCUGCAUUCACUAUAUCUGGUCUCCCCGGACCCUGCAUUCACUAUAUCUGGUCUCCCCGGACCCUGCAUUCACUAUAUCUGGUCUCCCAGGACCCUGCAUUCACUAUAUCUGGUCUCCCCGGACCCUGCAUUCACUAUAUCUGGUCUCCCAGGACCCUGCAUCCACUAUAUCUGGUCUCCCAGGACCCUGCAUUCACUAUAUCUGGUCUCCUAGGACCCUGCAUUCACUAUAUCUGGUCUCCCCGGACCCUGCAUUCACUAUAUCUGGCCCCCCCUGGACCCUGCAUUCACUAUAUCUGGUCUCCCAGGACCCUGCAUUCACUAUAUCUGGUCUCCCCGGACCCUGCAUUCACUAUAUCUGGUCUCCCAGGACCCUGCAUUCACUCUAUCUGGUCUCCCCAGACCCUGCAUUUACUAUAUCUGGUCUCCCACAGAGGCUGCAUAACCCGGUCUCCCACAGUACACAGAACAUGGAAGUGCAAAUAUUUUAUAAAU